AUGUUGGAGAAGCAAGAAUAUGCGCUGCGGGACAACGAGGCGAGGCAUGACACACCCAGACUGCCGCUCUCCUUGUCUGGCGAAAUCAAUGCUGCGACCCGAACCCUACACACAAACCUAAACCGCCUCAUUACCUCCCGUUUACCGCUCGGCCUCCCCCCGCAUACCACAGACUCGACGCUUUAUGCGACAGGCCUGCUACAUUUUGCACACAUCUUCCUGACCUUUGAAUCCUUGUGGGCCGACUUAUUACGCGAUUAUGCCCCGUCCAACUCACCUUAUAUGUCUGCGCAGCCAGCAGUGGACCCCGAAGGUGCUACCUCGCCCUUUUCACCAUUGCUAUCCUAUCUCCUUGUAAAUCCCUACGACUCGCCCUCACUCUUCACAUCCACCCUCGGCGCCCCAACACCCCCGUCUCCGCAACUCACUUCUUUCCUGCAAACUCUACGGCCGAGAGGCCUGAUACGCUCGGCCCGAUUAAAGAGGGAUUUGGAAUACCUGCUAGGCCUACACCCCACCGAUCUCGAGGUCCUAUUGGCAAAGUACCCGGGCGAUAAGGUUGCGCAAUUUUGCACGCACAUCCGGAAGAGCGUGAAUGAGAGGCCCUGGACGCUAGUCAGCUAUGCGUGGUGUUUCUACAUGGCCAUCUUCUCGGGCGGAAGGUGGAUAAGAGGAGGCUUGCUCCGUGCCCCACCAAGUUUCUGGCCCUCAGCAGCCACCACUGGCUCACAAGAAGAAGCACAUGAUAAAUGUCUGGAUUUGAAGAUUCAAGGUCUCUCAUUCUGGCACUUCCCCGGCCCUCACGAUGGCGAGGAUAUCAAGUCCGAAUUUAAGUUGCGCUUGUCUGCUGCCGAGACGCUCUUCACCCCCGACGAACGCAUCGACAUCAUCGAAGAGGCCAAGCAAAUCUUCAAGCAAUGCGCAGAGCUUGUGGAUGAGCUGGAUGAUUUGAUUGGGACUGAUUUCCAUUUUCCACCAAGCAACUCGACCGAUGCUCAAGAACCGAGGGAUGUUUGUCCCGUACUCGAAAAGUCUGGGCUUAUCGAUCCAAAUGUUAUGCGUAGGGCUCAACGCCAUUCCUCCCUGCCGAAAUCGUCCCUAGGACUCCGAUCGUGGGUCAAGAGGCCGGAAGUCUCGGGGACGGUGCUGGCCGUCGGGUGUUUGGCUUGUGUUGUUUUGUUCAAGCUGCAGUGA